AUGAACGGUACUAUGGCCGAAGAGAAGAAGGAGUACAAGAAACGGAGGGUUCUCCAAAUGGCCAAAUUUUAUGGUGCGGCCGCUUUCACCCUGAUCACCAUGAGGCUAAUCUCCAGGGCCAUAAAAGUACGAAAAUAUGUUCCCACUAUGUUCCAACAAAACUACAAGCUCCCACCAUUUUCCCAAAGGAAUGAAGCCAUGUCUGCAUUAACAUUUGCAUCCGCUGCUUCAUUAGGGACGUUCAGCACAUUAAUAUUCGGAUUUUGUUGGGCACUUGAUAUUUCAACAGCAAGAGAGUUUGUCUUUAAGACUAGAGAGCUUAUGGAUCUUCCACAAACUUUGGACACUGAUACAAGCAUGGACGAGGAAACCGCCAAAUUGACUAGGCAAUUGCAAGACCUACUGUCGAGCGAAAACAACAAGUAG